AUGGAUGCUGUGACCAAGCGGCUGGAGCAGCUGGACAAGGAGAUUGCCAUUGCAAGCACGAAGGCUGACAACGCCCAGCAGGCAUACCGGAGCGAAAGAGAUCCUCAGCAAGAAGUCAAGGCGAAUCAGAUAUGGCAGGACCUGCGGGCAGACAAGGAGGCCCUUAUCGCGGAGAGAAUGGCUCUCGAAGCUAAGCUCACGGGCCCAGGUGCUAGUGCUGAAGCAUUAGAUGACCGCGAGCGGAAUGCAUCGAGGCUGCAAAAGGGCAUGCCAGCCGCAUCAUCUUACAGUAGGGCAGAUGCGACCGAUGACAGCUGGAUGAGCAGCAGAAUGCAGAGGAAGCUGGGCGGCACAUUGCUACACCACCGGCCAGCUUCAGCGCUAGGCACCCCUGUGGCGCUCAUGGACCCGAUCCUGGCACAGGUGGCAGAGGACUGCGAGAAAGCUCAGCCCACAGCUGCAGAUUGCAGGUUUGCAGCUCAGGUUGCCACAGACAUGUCAGAAGGAUACAGAGACGAGGACGCCAGGGUGGAGGUGAUGCAGAGGUUGUUGCUGGAGGAGUACGGGCAGAGCUUCAUUCGCAUGUCGAUUUCCAAGGGCAUCACAGAUGGGUCACUCCUCCAUCGGUCCGGGGCCCUCUAUGGCAAUAUGGAGGUGAAGAAUGAGGUCGGCGCUGGAGGCGGGUCAAUUCAUGUGCAGAAUGCAGCCUAUGCAGCGUUGCAUGCUACUGGUCCCGGGCGCAAGUCUGUCAGGGACAGAUGCGUCUGUCCCACCCUGCUGCUGGAGGUAGCCGGGCCAAACCUGAGCCUGUCAGGGGCAGUGUUCAGCAACGUGGCCGUGUGCGAUCCUCUGUCGCCCAUGGUGUCACUGCUGUGGCUGCCGCACUCUCCGCUAAUGCUUCAGGCUGCUCGCUGCUUUGCGGCAAUCCGUCGGGCACUGCCGGCGCUGGAUCACUUCUAUGACAGCCUGGAAGGCCAGCAGCAGCCGCCAUCCCGCCAGCUGGAGUAUCCUUACCCUUGCAGCUUCAUGGACGGCCGUGGCAGCGAGGUGCACUUCAGGUACACAGGCAUGCUGAACAGACUCGUGUUCACUGCAACAGCCGGAGAGCAGCAGCUGGUCAUCAAGUUCACACGCAGCUACAGUGCAGCAGCACACAGGACAGCGCAUGCAGCCGGAUUCGCUCCUGCCCUGUUGGGCCUGCGCGAGCUCACAGACAGCUGGCUCAUGGUAGUCAUGCAGCAGGUCGCAGAUGCUGUCAUCUGGAGCGAGGCCAUGGACAAGCCGGCAGCCGGGCUUGCAGAUGCCGUGAGAGCGCUGCAUGCUGCCGGAUUCGUGCAUGGCGACUUGCGCGAUCCCAAUGUGCUGGUGAGUGGGGAGAAGGUCUUUCUGAUCGACUUCGCCUGGGCAGGAACGGCUGGCGCUGCGUGCUACCCACACUUCAUGUCUUCUGAGGUGGACUGGCCGCCUGGUGCAUCCGAUGGGCUGCCAAUCGCACGGAGGAGACAACACUUUGAGAACACACAGGAUGAGAAGAAGCGCAGGAUUAAGGACGGGCACAUGAAGAAGUCAAAGAAGUGGGUUCCGCCUCCACGCUUUGAGGAUGUUGUGACCUCCUUGGAGUCACCCCCUUUUGCAGACCUCUUUGGGGACCCUUCGGACAUCUUCUCAGAGGGCAAGUUGCAGGGGAACUCGAACGGAAAUGGCAACAAGCGCUUUCAAAGCCGCUAGAGGAUGGAUAGGCAGGAGGCGGGCAUGACAUUUGCCGCCUGGGGUCUCUGUGUCUUUGGCUGCAGCAGAACCAAUAUGUUGUCUCAAUGGCUGUUGGCUGGCAUGCGAUAUAAAAAGCUGAUUGAAUCCUUCGAGAGUGUACUGUAGUAGGCACUGAGUGCUGCAUCUUGAGAUUGACCUGUCAGGUACCGAGUGCAGGCGCCAGUAUUCUGGCUCGUUUUUUGGAAGAACUCAUGCUAACAAUAUAUGCAUGCUGAUUGAUAAUGACGGUCCCCUUUGGGAAAAAUGCUGGGUAAUCAAUUGUACAC